GUCGGGCAAAUUAAAUACCCAAAACCUUAAGACAAAUUACAAAGACUCGACGAUAACGCAUUCCUUUUGUCCAAAUCAAUGGCAAUGAAACCAUGUCUCUCAACUUCUCUCCCUUUCGUUCUUCUGCUUUUUUCAUGGGCGUUUGGUGGAGCCGCAAGCAAUGAAUCACAGUCUGAUCUUCCAAAGUGCGGACAGGCCAUCGAAGCUAGUGAUGCGGAUCGAGUUAAGUUUGCGAUGAACCUUGAGUUCUUGGAGGCUGAGUUCUUCCUCUACGGGGCACUGGGAAGAGGGCUUGACUCUAUCGUUCCUUACCUCGCCCAGGGUGGGCCGCCGCCUGUGGGGGCACAGAAGGCCAACCUUGACCCUCUCAUUCAACAGAUAAUCGAGGAAUUUGGGUACCAAGAAGUUGGUCACCUCAGGGCAAUUUACACGAAGGUUGGUGGAAUUCAACGCCCCCUGCUGAAUCUCAGUGCCCAGAACUUCGCCCAGGUAAUGGACGAAGCAGUCGGUCGAAAAUUGCAGCCACCAUUCGACCCUUACGCCAACUCAAUCAACUAUCUCUUGGCUUCGUACUUGAUCCCUUACGUUGGAUUAGUAGGCUAUGUGGGCACAAUUCCGUACCUGUCCGACUUCAAUUCGAAAAGCUUAGUCGCGUCCCUCUUGGGUGUGGAGUCGGGUCAGGACGCGGUGCUGAGGACGUUGCUCUACGAGCGAGCAAACCAGGUGGUGGCUCCAUACAACAUGACAGUGGCGGAGUUCACCAAUAAGACCUCCGCGCUCAGAAAUAAGCUCGCAAUGUGUGGCAUCAAGGACGAAGGCAUCAUCGUUCCUUCCAGCCUCGGAGCCGAGAACCGAACCACUAGCAAUAUCCUAUCCGCAGACUCGUACUCAGUAUCGUAUUCCCGAACGCCUCAGGAGAUUGCGAGGAUUGUGUAUGGAACUGGGAACGAGGCGAAGCCUGGCGGGUUUUAUCCCCGCGGUGCAAACGGCCGUAUUGCUAGGAGCCUCCGCUCAGCCUGAAUGCUAAAUGUAUACCAUAAAUAAAGUAGAAUAAAAACAUGGAAAAUAACCGGUCUACCUAAAAAUAAAUAAAGUAGACUAAAAACAUGGAAAAUAAUCGGUCCUCCUAAAAAAUCUAAAUUCUAUGCUAUAAAUAAAAGUACGAUUUGUUUUAAUGCA